CCACAGAGUCCUGCAGGAGGACCAGAGACCUGCAGAGUCCUGCAGGAGGACCAGAGACCUGCAGAGUCCUGCAGGAGGACCAGACCAGCAGAGACCUGCAAGAGGACCAGAGACCUGCAGGAGGACCAGAUACCUGCAGGAUCAGGGAACCAGAGACCAGCAGGAGGACCGUGAGAGACCAGCAGGACCAGAUGGCCCCCCCUGGACGGGUCCCGGGGGUCUUGGUCCUGCUCCUGGUCUCCUGGCUGGCCGUGGGCCCGGCGGCGCCGGCUCUGGUCCGGCACCCUCUGCCGGUGCUGUGGAUGAUGCCAGCGGGGUCCGGGUCUGGGUCUGGGACGGAGAACCGGACCGGGGACCAGGUCUGGGACCAGGUCUCGGGGGUCCGGCUGGCCCUGCAGGACCUGGAGAAGCAGCCGCCGCCGCUGGGGAGCUACGAGCUGCAGCUGCAGCCGCUGGAGACGCAGUGUGACUCCGCCCACGCCCUGAAGCUGCUGUUUGACUCCAUGUGGGCGGGGCCUCGGUACCUGCUGCUGCUGGGGGGGGCGUGUCCGUCCGUCACGGCGCUGAUCGCCCGCGCUCUGCCGGCCCUGCGGCUGGUGCAGGUGUCCCCCGUCCCCCCCCCGUCCAACCGGAGACUCUACAUGAACCAGUUCUUCACGGCUCCGUCCCCCCGGGUCCUCAACACGGUGCUGGUCCGGCUGCUGCAGCGCUACAGGUGGAGCCGGGUGGGGGUGCUGGAGGACGGACCGGGAUUGGCCGAGAUGAAGAGGGACCUUGUCCGGCAGCUGCAGAGGGCCGACGUGGAUCUGGGGGACACGGAGGGGUUUUCUGGGGACCAGGACGUCUGCGGGUCCCUGAGGAGACUGAAGGACCGGGACAUUCGGGUCUUCGUGGCCCUGAUCGAGGACCAGCGGGCCCCGGAGCUGUUCUGCUGCGCGUUCCAGCUGGGCCUGUUCGGGCCCCGGUACCAGUGGAUCGUAGCGGGUCGGGGUCCCGAGGCGUGGCCCCUGGACUGGGGGCCCCAGGGCUGGGGGCCCUCGGCCUGCGACACCAGCAGCCUGCUGGAGGCGGUGCAGGGGUCCUUCAGACUGCAGUUCCGGUGGCCGGGCGGCCCCGGGGCCCCUGGAGGCCCCCCGGACCCCCGGGGCCCCCGGGGCCCCCAGGGUCUGACCCCGGCCGGGGCCUUCGCCUACGACGCGGUGCUGGUGGCGGCCGCGGCCCUCAGCCGGGUGACGGCGGCGGUGCAGCACCGGAGGAAGUACGGGCCCCUGAGGGCCGCCGAGGUCAGCGAGGAGGAGGAGCCCCGGAUGCUGCUGGAGGCCCUGAAGAAGACCCGGGUCCCCGGGGCCACGGGGCCCGUGUUCUUCCGAGGGGGGGAGAGGAUGUCUCUGAUCCAGCUGGUCCAGUUUCAAGGCAGCAGCAGUGUGGUGGUGGGAGAAUUCAACACGACGACGCAGCAGCUCCGAGUCCAGAACCACCUGCUGAAGUUCCCGGGUCCAGGACCAGCCAGAGACCGGGUCCAGGUCCGGGUCCAGCGCCGCCAUGUUAGCUUCCUGCUGUACGCCGUCGUGUCUUCGGUUGCCGUGGCAACGAUCUUCAUCACGCUGGGCCUCCUCGUCUUCAUCAUCCUCCACCGCAAGAUCUGGUCCCUGGCUGCCGGUCCCGCCGGUCCCGCCGGUCCCGCCGGACCCCCCAGACCCCCCAGAUCCACCGGCCCCCCCUCCCAGGACCUGCUGCUCCUGCUGGCCGUCCUGCUCUCCGUCUCCUCGGUCCUGGUCUCUGGUCUGGACGGAUCCUCGGUACCGGACUGGAUCCUGGAGAUCUGCUGUUCUGUCCGGCUCUGGUUCCUCUCCGUGGGUCACUCCGUGGGCUUGGCGGUUCUGUUCACCAGAACCUGGAGGAUCUACUCCCUCUUUACCGUCCAGCAGAAGGAGACCCACCUGCAGCGGGCCGGUCGGAUCCAGGUCUGGUUCUUCCUGCUGGAGGUUCUGGUUCUGACCUCCUGGCAGGUCCUGGACCCCCUGAGACGGGUCCAGGUCCAGCACCGGCCCCAGGGCGACCCGGACCUGCUGAUCCGGUUCUACUCCGACCAGUGCAGCAGCACCAGCCUGGACCUGUGGCUGACGGCCGUCUACGGAUACCGAGCUCCACUGCUGGGUCUGGGCUGUUUCCUGGCCCUGAACAUCCGGGUCAAACCCCUGAGCUUCUCCAUGUUAGCGGUGUCGGUGUCCAGCGUGUCGGGGGUGUCGGGGUCGCUGCUGAUUACCCACAAUCCCCCUCUUCACUUCCUCCUGAGCAGCUUCCUCAUCCUCACCUGCAGCAUCUUCAUCCUCAGCUGCCUGUUCGGACCCCAGGUGUCUUACGUGUUAUCUAGCGGCGGCGAGACGCAGCAGCAGCUGGACCGACCAGACGAGGCUCCGGACGGGGAACCAGACGAGGAACGAGACGAGGUCCCGGACGGGCCCCGUCAGGACCAGCUGAGGAGGCUGAACGACCGGCUGAAGAGCCAGAGCCAGCAGCUGGACGUGCAGAUACACACCAUCAUGAUGGAGCUAGCGGAGCUAGCGGAGCCGGAGCUCGGUCGACGCUUGACGGGAGACAAACGCGCUGAACUUCGUUCCCUGGUUCUGACUCAUGAGGCUCAGGUCAACAACGCGCCGAGCAGGAACUCCACGCCGAGCAGGAACUCCACGCCGAGCAGGAACUCCACGCCCGACAGCAUCAACUCCCCCGACCACGUGCAGCGCCGUCUCUCCUUCCAGCUUCCCAUCCUGCAUCACUCCUACCUUCCCGCCAUCGGCGGCGUCAGCUCCAGCAGCUCCCGGCUGUUCCCCCACCAGGAAGAGUCUGGUCACCACGACGACGCCUGACGACGCCUGACGACGCCUAGCGGCCCGGUCGCCACGACGACGCCUGACGACGCCUAGCGGCCCGGUCGCCACGACGACGCCUGACGACGUCUGACGACGCCUGACGGCCCGGUCGCCACGACGACGCCUGACGACGCCUGACGGGCCGGCAUCCCGGGCACCGCAGAACCGGGUUCAACAGCGCCUCUCACCACCUGAUCAACCUCAUGUGUGUGUGUAACACAUGUAUUUUCCUUGUUUCCUUCCUAUGUUUUACAUAUUUACGUAGAUAUUGUUUCUCUACAGGAGGAAACAUCGACAAGCCCUUAUGGGUUUUUUUUGGUUCCUCCCGCACAUUUUCUGAUGUAUUGUAUUUCUUUUUUAUUUCCUUUUUUUUUCUACAUACUGUUCGUCUGUACUUUUUAAAACUGUUGUAUAUUUUUAUGUGCAAAUAAACUAAAAAAAAAAUGCUGAUGCUGCAGACGGAGGAGAGAAGCUGCUCGGUUGGUUGUUUGUUUUGGAGGCAGAAACAUUUCUGAAGCUCCGGGACUUUCAGGAGUUACAACAUCCGUCCAAACAUGAGCUUUGAGCUGCUGACGCUCCACGAACUCACCAUAGGACCUGGUCCAGGAUCCAGGACCAGGACCUGAAACCUGCUGUCCACCUGCCUGCGGUCCCCCCCUCUGGUCAUCCCGUUGCUGCUUCCACCUGCCUGCUGUGCUGUUGCCGUCCCUGACCCCCAGUCUGGCCCUCGGCAGGAGGGUCCCCCCUUAUGAUCCUGGUCCUGGUCCAGGUUUCUUCCCUCCUAAAGGGGAGUUUUUCUUGCCACUGUUUGGCUUAAGGUUUUUCUCCCACUAGGGGAGUUUUUACCUGCCAUUGUUUAUGUAAUAAUUGC